AUGGUCGGCCCCACACGCGAGAAUGUGCUCACCAAGGCCAAAUUCCCUUCGGCCUUCGGCAAGCGCAAGACGCAGGCGUAUUCGGACAGCUCGCGCGGCUCGCAAAGCCGCAACCUGCGCACCAUCGACUGGAACCCGCUGGGCACCCUCAUCGCCACCGGCUCGUCGGACCGCACCCUGCGCGUGUGGAACCCCGAGAAGCCACAGGUCAAGAAUUCGACCGAGCUGCGCGGCCAUGCCGGCGCCGUCGAGCGCGUCGCCUGGAACCCCACUCGCGAGGCCGAGCUCGCCAGCUGCAGCGCUGACGGCACCGUUCGUUUCUGGGAUGUAAGAAGCAAGACCGCUGUGGGCAAGGUCGAGGUGGGAGGCGACGCGUUCACACUGGCAUGGCGUCCGGAUGGAAGCGAAUUGGUCGUUGGAAGGAAGGAUGACGUCCUUGUGCCCAUCUCACGUUCGACGUUUACAGCACUUCCCGCGCAUCGCCAGACGGUCCAGACGAACCAGACAACCUUCUCUUGGACUGGCCAAGAGCUCUUUCUCACCACCGGAGAUGGUCAGGUCAAGAUUGUUGACUAUCCCUCCAUGAACAUCCUCCACGUCCUCAACGCUCACACUUCGUCUUGCUACUCUGUCGAUUUCUCCCCGACCGCCGAAUACCUCGCCGUCGGCGGUUCCGACGCCCUCAUUACUCUGUGGGACACGCGCGACUGGAUCUGCCAGCGCACGCUGACCAGCAUGACCGGCCCCGUCCGCAGUGUCAGCUUCUCCUUUGAUGGCUGCUACCUUGUUGGUGGCUCAGACGAGGGCACCGGCAUGGAAGUCGCGUACGUCGAGACGGGCGAAUGUGUACACAAAAUCGAGACGACAUCGCCGACGCCUUGCAUCCAGUGGCAUCCCAGUCGCUACGUCCUGGCCUAUUCAGAUCCUACCGGCUUGAAGAUCAUUGGCGGAACGGAAAGAUUCUGA